AUGAGGGCGACGCAGAUACUUACAGCCGCUGGCAAAAGUUCUUCCAACGGGCUUUGCGGUGAGUUGUGGGCUUCAUCGACUGUAUCAGUGUAUGCUGACAUAGUUGCCCUAGCUCAGGUCACAAUCCACUAUCGUGUGGAUUCUCUUCGCCACCAGCACGUCAUAAAGCGAGAGGGCAAGUACCAUUCGGACGCCAUUUUUGUUUCCAGUGUUAUCUUGGCCAACAGUACUGAACUUAAGCGCUAG